AUGGAGGCUAGGAUCAUGGGUUUUGAACAACUUAAAAUGUCUUAUGAAACUGACCCUGAUUUUUCUGAGCUUUACAGUAACACGGCUAAGGGAGCCAUGGGUCCAUUCUAUCAGCAGGACGGGUUCCUCUUCAAGGAGAAAUGCCUGUGCAUUCCUCAUGGGUCCAUGCGAGACUUACUGACCCGAGAAGCUCAUGGGGGCGGGUUGAUGGGACAUUUCGGUCGAGACAAAACCCUGAGCGUCCUGUCUGACCACUUCUAUUGGCCCCGGAUGAGGCGUUACGUCGAGAGCCUAUGCGCCAAGUGCACUGUCUGCCUUAAAACCAAAUCCAGGUCGCAUCCUUAUGGUUUACACAUGCCUUUAGCUAUUCCUAUUGCACCAUGGGUCGUGUAG